AUGUCAGAACUUGAGCUCCUUCGAAUGCAGGCAAAUAAGAAAACGGAUGAAUCACUAGAGAGCACAAGAAGAAUGGUUACGAUGGCUGAAGAGAGCCACCAGAUUGGUGCAGCCACAAUGGAACAACUCUACCACCAAGGAGAACAAUUGGAUCGCGUCAAUGACCAAAUGAACGUCAUUCAUGAGGACAUCAAGAGCACUGAGAAGAAUUUGGACACUUUGGAGAAGUGCUGUGGUAUUUUCUCAUUGCCAUGGAAAAGAGUCAAGCGUCCCGGCAACGACAAGCACUUCAAGGCACGUGAUUACACGGCACCGACAACCGAACAGCCCCCUAAGCCACAUUUUGGCAAAAAGGCGCCUGUCAGUGGAGAUCUCGCUCAGCCUGAUGGUCCCUUCAUCCAGCGCAUCCUAGAUGACGAUCGGGAGACAGAGAUGGAGCAGAAUUUGCAUCACGUCUCCGGCAUCGUCGGUGAACUGCGCACCAUGGCUCUGGAUAUGAAUCAGGAGAUCGCAGUCCAUAACCAAAAACUCGAUGAAAUUGCUUCCAAGACCGACGACAACCAGUUGCGAUUAAACGCAGCACAGAGCCAAGCCACUAGGAUCGUUGGAAAACCCACCAAGACCUCCUCAAGUCCGGUCAUUCCCCAACCCGGCCUCGGCAUGGUUGCGAAACAGAUGGCCAAUCAGGCUAUGAAAUGA